AGCCCUGGUCACAGGUCUCAGCUCCGGUUCACAACUGACCGCGUCUUCUUCCAGCCGCGGCAGGAGGCUCGCGCAGCCGGGAGACACCCCCCCAGCGCCAGUCCCCCGUGGGGAAGUGGAUGGAUUUGCCUGGCUGGCUUUUUCCUUGAGACCGAGGACGGGAAUCACCCCGAAGGGGGCUCCUCCUCCCCUCCCCCCCUCCUCCAAGUCUUCUGCCCCAUAAGGUGGGGCUCCUUCAGCCAGGGGGCGAGGGGUGCUGGGGACAGCUCCAGCCGCGAUGAACGCCUUCGAAGAGCCUUCGCUGGACGGCAUGGAUCUCUCGCUGACUCUCCAUGAAAGCACCGAGAUAGACACAGCCCUCCUGAGCGACAUUGACGAUAUGCUCCAGUUGAUCACCACCGAAGACCAGGACUUCUCUGGUCUGAUGGACACACCUUUCGGCUCCCAGCUUCCUCCUGAUCUGAACCCCCAUGGGCCCAGCCUCUUCAGCAGCUACUUGGAGGCCCCCUCUUCCACAAGCUUGUUCCACCUUCCCACCCCAUCUCCACCCAGCUUCCAGACCCUGCCCGCCGCUUGUCUGAACAUGCCGCCCUCUCCGGUGGGUGUCAAGGAAGAACCUUUGGCCCCAACGCUCAGCCCGGCUCAAAGCCAGCUGCCCACCAGCAGGAUACCUUCUCCAAAUAUUGUCCCAGCUGCCCAGAUGCCUUUCUCCACCCAGCCCUUGAUGGAUUUCCAGAAUCAGAACAGUAUUUCUGCUCCCCAGCCAGGAGGGACACCCCAGCAGCCACCGCAGGUCUCCACCAAGCCCCAGCAGAUGCAGCCUCCUCCGAAACCAACGCCGUUCCAGAACAUCGCCCCGCAACAGCUUCUGGCUGCCAGCAGCCCCCAGGUGGUCCAGCAAGUGCCGGUCCUUCUGCAGCCCCACUUCAUCAAGGCCGACUCCCUCCUCCUGACCACCGUCUCCGGAGCCAAGACGGCCAACACCAGCUCGGUGGUCACCUCCACAGCCUUGCAGAUGCCAACCCUGGUGAGCGGGGGCACCAUCCUGGCGACAGUGCCACUCAUGGUGGACACCGACAAGCUGCCCAUCAACCGCCUGACCGCCGGGAAGCCUGUGGUCACCCAGAACAAGGGCGAGAAGCGCACCGCUCACAAUGCUAUUGAGAAACGCUAUCGCUCCUCCAUCAACGACAAGAUAUCUGAGCUCAAGAUUCUGGUCGUGGGCACAGAAGCCAAGCUGAACAAGUCGGCCAUCUUGCGCAAAGCCAUCGACUACAUCCGCUAUCUGAAGCAAACCAACCAGAAGCUGAAGGGGGAGAACAUGGCCCUUAAAAUGGCGGCCCAAAAGAAUAAGUCUCUGAAAGAUUUGGUGGCCACGUGUGGCGGAAACGUGGAGGAUCCAACAGAAGGAAUGAAGAUGAUGGAUGCUUUGACGCCCCCACCCUCAGAUGCCGGUUCCCCUUCGCACAGCAGCCCCCUCUCCUUUGGUGGCAUCAGUGGAACCGAUUCGGAGCCAGACAGCCCUUCGUGCGAGGAGGCCAAGGUGAAACCUGAAUAUCAAGCUCCUCCAGCGGGCAGCCUGGGAAUGCUGGACAGAUCCCGCAUGGCUCUCUGCACGUUCGUCUUCCUCUGUCUCUCCUUCAACCCGCUUUCUUCCCUACUUGGAGGCGUCGGCCUUGGAGGUUCUUCAGAGGGCUUCAGCCACGAUGGUUCCAAGCGCAGCAUCCUGGCCAUGGACGAGUCAGAAAGCGCUGCCCUUCCCCAGUUCCGGUGGCUUCUCCCCACCUUGUUCUUCUGGACGAUCAACCUUCUGAUUGUUUGUGCUGCCUUCAUCCGGCUCUUCAUUUACGGCGAGCCCGUCACGCGCCCCCACUCGGAGUCUUCGGUCGUCUUCUGGAGGCACCGCAAGCAAGCGGAUUUGGACUUGGCUCGGGGGGAUUUUGCACAAGCAUCCCAGAACUUGUGGACGGCCCUCAAAGCGCUUAGACGCCCCCUCCCCACAUCCAACCUGGACCUCACCUGCAGCCUCCUGUGGAACUUGAUCCGGCACAUCCUCCAGCGUCUCUGGGUAGGGCGUUGGCUGGCCGGCCGGGCCGGUGGCUUCUUCCGAGAUCAGGAGCUGAAGGCCGACGUGCGCAAGAGCGCCUGUGACGCGGCCCUGGUCUACCACCGGCUGCAUCAGCUGCACAUGACAGGGAAGCACGUGGCAGGCCACCUGUCCGCCAUCAACAUGGCCCUGAGUGCAGUUAACCUGGCCGAGUGUGCUGGGGAUGCCAUCUCAGUGGCCACCCUGGCUGAAGUCUACGUGGCUGCUGCCCUGCGGGUGAAGACCAGCCUCCACCACUGUUGCCACUUCCUAGCGCGUUUCUUCCUCAGCAGCGCCCGACAAGUGCUGCUCUCACACAACGGGACGGUCCCUCCGGCGCUCCAGUGGCUCUGCCACCCCGUGGGACACCGGUUCUUCGUGGACGGCAACUGGGCGGUGAAAAGCUCUCCGCGGGAAAGUAUCUACAGCUCCACCAGCCACCCAGCAAACCCCCUGGCUCAGGUGACGCAACUCUUCCGAGAACAUCUGCUUGAGAAAGCUCUUUCUUGCGUCUGCAGGCUGGACAAUCCAGCCCCUGCCAGCCACAGUGAAGGGGAAUUUUCGGACGCUCUGGAGUACCUGCAUUUCCUCAACAGCUGUGCAGAUGCCGUCCCCAACCCGACCCCUUCCAUCAGUACCAACAUGGACUCGGCCACAGGUACUGAUCCUGUUUCUCACUGGUGGGCAUCUGUGGUCGCCAUGGCAAUCCAUGGACUGCAAGCGGAUGAGGAGGCCAUGGAGCGCCUCUACCCUCUGGUGGAAUUCAUGCCCCGAGCCCUCCAGGUGUCUGAGAACCCUCUUCCCCGCGCCGCCCUGCACACCUUCAAAGCAGCCCGGGUGCUGGGCAAAGAGGACAGCAGCCUGGGACAGUGCGACAAAGCUGGCGAAUAUUUGCGAGAGAGCUUGGGUGGGAACUCAACUCCGAGUGCUAUUGACAGAGCAGUGCAGUUCCUUUUGUGCGACCUGCUCCUGAUCACUCGCACCAGGUUCUGGCAACAGCAGAUGCAGGGGGUGCCCCCACACAGAGCCCGCUACCAGGCCUCUGCCCUCGAGCUGCGUGGCUUUCAACAGGACCUCAGCACUCUCCGGCGCUUGGCACAAGCAGACCAGCCUGCAAUGCACAGGGUCUUCCUCCAUGAGGCAACUGCCCGACUGAUGACCCGAGCCAGCCCCACUCGGACCCACCAGUUGCUUGACCGAAGCCUCCGCAGGAGAGGACCUUCUACUACCAAAGGAGCUGGCGAGCAAGAGGGCCGCCCCACCGCCAGGGAACAAGCAGAAGCCUUGCAACUGGCCUGCUCCUACCUCCCCCCUGCGUUGCUUUUGGGACCAGGCCAAACGGGGGGCAUGCUGGCCGAGGCUGCACGCUCCCUGGAGAAGCUGGGUGACAAAUGGACCUUCCAUGAAUGCCAGCAGAUGAUUGUCCGGCUCAGCAGUGGCUCUACCGUCACUUCCAGCUAGAGAUUUGGAAGAGUCCUAGGAAGGAAGGAGGGGAGGGAGGCCCGGUGUGGCCCCACUGGCGUGGCUUGUGGCAGUGUUGGUGAAAGUGGCAGAGACGCCUGGCAGAGCCUGGCAGGGGUGACUCUCUCUCACUCUCUCUGCUGAGGCAGAUCUGGUUGCUCAAGGAUGCUCAGCUAGUCCUUUCCUUCUUCUCCUCCUGCGUCUGAACGGAUCUAGGCAUAUACAAGAGGAAACAAGCCAGCAUGGAAGAACUGGGUGGAUCUGGCUGGCUUCCCACUCUUCCUAGGGGAAGGGGCUCUUCACAACUCUUGCGAGUCUCUUGGAUUUUAGGCUCCCCAUGAUCAGGGUGCAUUUGGUGGGCAGGGUAGUUUCUCUUCACCUUUUGGAGACCAACCAGCUCUCAAUGUCUCAUAACAUCUGUCCAGCAGGUGAUGGCUUUGCCCUUCCAUCUUUCACAGCCAACUCCAUUCCUCCCCGGCUACCCCACCUCUGCUUGACUUCCUCCACCUCUUUGCUGGUGAUCCAUGUCCAUGUCCAAGGUGGCGCAGUGGUUAAAUGCAGCACUGCAGGCUACUGCUAGAUCAGCAGGUCAGCGGUUCAAAUCUC